AUGCGCAGUGGGUUGGCCUGCCUCCUCGGCUUGGCUGGUGUAGCCUUGACCAAUGCUACUUUGAGUGUGGAGAAGAGAGACACUCCGGCUGUUCUCACCGUACCAAUGGUACGCGACACUUCGCGUCAGCUCUCCAAGCGAUCGAAGAGUGUCGACGUCGGUCUCAAGAAUGAGGUAGUGAAUUACGUAUCCUACGUCGCAAAUGUGACUUUCGGCACCCCGCCCCAGAAUAUCCUCGCAUACUUCAACACCUGGGGUAAUGGCUGUUGGCUUGAUAACGUGGAUAGCUCCGAUUGCGAUAUGUACGUGGACCACUCUUCUUGUGGUGGAUAUGGAGCCUACAACCUGACAGCUUCAACCACCGGCAAGAAGCUUAAUGAGAAAUUUGCAUACGAUGAUUCCGGUGUGAUGACAACUGGGGACUUCGUGACCGACGUUCUGAGAAUCGGUGGUGUCCAAGUGGACACAAUGAAGAUGGGGAUCGUUACGGAGCGUAUGAUCGUUGCUAAUACCUUGGGUCUUGGAUACGGAAAUUCAUCUUCCAUCUCCCUAACCCAGGCAUUGGCCGACGCGGGUACCAUUAACUCUCCGGCUUUCAGUCUUUGGGGCCAGACAGCCCUGUUCGGUGGCGUUAACAAGGCCAGAUACUAUGGCCCGCUGUACACUUUCCCGAUCGUCAACGGAUCGGGUCUCACAAAAGCUCUCCGUAUCAAUAUGGAUGGCAUCUCAAUCAACGAAACAUCCGCGGUGUCUACGAAGUUCCCACUAGAUGCCGUCUUUGACACUGCAGUUACUAUGAGCUACGUGCCCAAGUCCGUGGCUCAGGCUCUAAAUGCCCAAAUUGGCAACACCUCCGUUCCGGAUGAGUACGGUCAAGUCAACUUCUCCUGCAGUGCAAUGGGCGAAAACUCGACCAUAGAGUUCAGAUUCGGGGAACUGAAACUCCAGUUCUACCUCAGCCAGUUCGUUAGCCAAGAGAGUGAUACCGCGACGAAUGAUGGGUGGUGGUCUGAUGAGGAAACGUGCUAUUUCACGAUCUGUGAGAACGUUCACCUUCAAGAUGAGGGAAGCAUCGUCUUGGGCUCCAACUUCAUGAGCAACGUUUACACAGUUUUUGAUCUUGAGAACGAUGAGAUCUCAUUGGCAAACUAUAACUGGUGGGAACACAACCCGGAUGAUAUUGUCGAGAUUACAUCGGGCAAGAAUGGUGUGCCUGGGGCGAGGAGUGGUGUUGUGUCUGAGGCAAAGAACGGCACGUCUGGGACGACGAACGCUACGUCUGGGACGACGAAAGACUCGGCUGGUACGCACAAUGAACAAGGCCUGGGGAUGAUCGCUGUGGUGGCCGGUGCUAUGCUGAUGCUGAAUUUCUAA